CGGAGGGGCUGCUGUGAGGGGCUGCCGUGAGGGGCGCUGCCCGCGGCAGGGCCGGGGGCCGUGAGGGGCGCUGCCCGCAGCAGGCUCGGUGCCGUCCCCGCCGCAGGAAAGCCGCCGCGAACAAGCCAUUCACCAUGUCAAUCAAAAAGGAAGGUGCCCACAAGAAGUGGGCUGCCCUGAAGGAGAAGCUUGGGCCCCAGGAGACCGACCAGUCAGAGGCCAACCUGGAAAAUGCAGAGCCAGAGCUGUGCAUCCGUCUGCUGCAAAUGCCCUCAGUGGUGAACUACUCCGGGCUGAGGAAGAGGCUGGAGAACAGUGAUGAUGCCUGGAUGGUCCAGUUCCUGGAGCUGUCUGGGCUGGAUCUCCUCCUGGAGGCCCUGGACAGGCUGUCAGGACGAGGAGUGGCCAGGAUAUCUGAUGCCUUGCUUCAGCUCACCUGCAUUAGCUGUGUGAGAGCAGUCAUGAACUCCCACAAAGGCAUAGAAUACAUUGUGAGCAACGAGGGCUACGUCAGAAAACUCUUCCAAGCACUUGACACAACUAAUGUCAUGGUGAAAAAGCAAAUAUUUGAGCUCCUGGCUGCACUGUGCAUUUACUCAUCAGAUGGGCACUCUUUGGCUCUGGAUGCUUUGGACCAUUACAAGAGUGUGAAGAACCAGCAGUACCGGUUCAGCAUCAUCAUGAAUGAGCUGUCCAACACAGACAACGUGCCCUACAUGGUGACACUGCUGAGUGCCAUCAAUGCCAUCAUCCUGGGCAAAGAAGAGCUAAGAACAAGGACACAAAUCAGAAACGAGUUCAUAGGGCUUCAGCUGUUGGAUGUUUUAGACAAGCUAAGGUAA